CGCUUAUAAUUUUUUUUUCUCAUUGGAAUUCACUGUACUUAAUUUCGUGCUAAAUGUCCGUAAACGCAGCUUCAUAUUAACAAGAGAGAAAUAAAAAAGAAUCACCUUAAAACUCAUCUGAACAGAGUCGGCUCUGCAACUUCGCACCCGAUCGCUCAAUAUUCUGGGUUUACCUGUAUUCAGAUCCAACAUACUUAAAAGUUGUAACUUACUCUGUGAAAAAUGGACUAAGAUACAGGUGAUUACAGGAAUAAACCUGUACCCAAAAUCUGUACCUGAUAAUCCAUCAAUUCUUCCUUUCUCCUCAAAGAGGCAGUUCGAAGUACAAGUCGAAAUUCGUUUUUUUGAUAUUUUUAUAGUCGUGAAAGAAAACACCGCAGACUAUUGUGAAUGUCAUUUCCGUUUUAAGUUAUUUCUUGCGAGAAAGAAGAUUACGAUUGUUGAUUUUACCAGAGUUUUCAUCAUCAACAUGAAAAAAUCCGUGUUUGGUCAACCUGAGGGUUUUCAUGUCUCUUCUUUUUUUAUAAUUUAUUAAGGUGGACAAGUUGCUUCUUGUUCGAAAGUGGCCGAUUUUGGCUCGGAAAUGAAAAUAACAGGAAGGUCAGAUUUUUGUGGUUAAAUGUAAAACGAAGUGACUUGUAAAUGCGUGGGAACCUUCCGAUGGCUUUGUUUUGCAAUCGGAGUGUGCUUGUAAAGACUUUUGUUUUUAGCGGGUGUGUGAAACAAUGCGCCAAAACAAAACACACUUUCGAAACAAAGCUAAACACGUGCUUUGGAAUAUGGCCUUGUAAUGUUUUAUUUACAGUGCGAUUUAUGAAUUUCACAAUGCCUCCGUAGAGCCACAAUGUAUCACGUCCCAAGUUCGUGUAGGCCAUUCCAAGAGUCGUUUGUUUAUCUUGCACAGUCAAUUAGCUCAAAUCGUUCUCACGGCCUCCGACUAAGCCGGUUUGAAGUGUCUGCUGUAAUAACGGAAAAAAAAAAAUUGGCAUUCGCCGUCUCUAUUUAUAAUCUGUCUCUAAUAUGCCCGCCAGACUUCCAGUCUCGUUGGUUAAAUGGCUUUUAUACGUUAUAAUUACUUUAGCAUUUAACUUUUUGGUUCAGUAUACCCGUCCUCACGCGCGCUUCGAACUUGAAUGCCGACUCUUGCUGUUGGCUAUCCAAGUCUGGCACUAUUUGCAUAACGCAUGCUGAGAGGGUUUUGUUUCGCACAACAAGCGACCAAUGGCAGGACUGCGUUCUCACGCUCUCUUUCUCAGCUGCCAGCGAACGCCAAAAUACCAUUCAUGCGACAAAAAUGCAGGCUCUUUAAAACAAAAUGCGAUGAUAAUAAGCCGGGGUUGGGAACUUGUAGACAAGGAUUUUCCCACGGCUCGGAAGGUAAAUAAAACGCCAUGUUCACCAAAGUUCACUUUCAUUUGUCCUUGUGUCGAGUCGAAGGAGGAGAUCGUGAAAAUUGCUCAGACGUUGUAGCCUCGGGAAAAAAAAGCCUUAAAAAAGAUAGGGAUGGUGCAAGAAUCUACGAAACUGGAAAAGGAAAAUGAUUCAGAAAACCGGAAGUGGUCUAAACCAAUUAUGGAGAAGAGAAGGCGCGAACGAAUCAAUCGAAGCCUAGAAGAACUGAAGAGAUUAGUGCUAGAGGCACAGAAUAGAGAUAGUUCUCGGUACACAAAGCUGGAGAAGGCAGAUAUCCUGGAGAUGACUGUCCGUUAUCUACGUAGUCUUCGACAUCACCAACGAGCAGUGAUGGCGACUGCCGACCCUCACAUGCUACUCAAGUACCGCGCCGGCUACAGCGCAUGCGUGGCCGAGGUGUCCAAAAACGUGAUUGGGGACGAUUCCUUGGAACCUGAUGUAAAAACUCAAAUCCUUUCUCAUUUAACGGGCUGCCAUACAAGUCAGAGGGGAGCUGGUGACAUUACAAUACAGUCGCCCGCAAGAUAUCCAUCAUCAGUUCACUAUGAGAGCACUUCGGACCUUUCCGUGAAGGAACAAAGACGGUUGUUACCUAAGGACACUACGAAUUCGCAUGCAUCCCAAGCUCGUACCACAGUUUCUCCUUACAUGGUUCAAAGCCAUCGAGUACUUUCUUCACCAGGGACCAUUCCUCUGCAUUAUGUCCCCGUCUUAGGUACCGACUCUGGGACCUCUUCAGGAUUGUACCACGCGCUGGUCCCAAGUGUAUCUUCUCCCGGUUUACACCUCACAGACCCUUUGUGGCGACCUUGGUGAUCAAAGUUGUGAAACGCUUUUAUCAAAUAUUAAGGAAUAGAAUUAUAGCGUAAAUAAGGAGUUUAAAAAGAUGGCUAAAGUAAUCGCGUUUAUCUCCGAGAGAAAGUUUUCACCUUAAAUUUAGACGCUACAUGUGAGAAAUUAAUUUUUAAAAAAAUACACUGCUAUUCAAUAGGCCCCCCUUACGUCUUUCUCCCAAACGUUUAAAUUCACUUGAAAAAUCGUAAGGUAUUGAUGUUUUCAGCGUACAAUUUAGAUUGGCUCAAUUCGAUCACUCCAUUAUCGCAUUUUUAACACGCAUUUCUGUAAAACAGCGACCUAAAGCAACUGAGCCGACACAAUGAAAGUUAGAAAUGAAAGUAUGAGUAUUUUUACUUUGUUGUUCCAUGAUGCAAAAUGGCAGAUGCUUGAGAAAUAAUGUAAAUAGUAUCGAAUGAUUUUAGAAUUAAAGC